AUGUUCAAUUCACUACCUGUACCACAGCAACAGCAUCAGCUGUCUGGACCGAGUGGAGCCAAGCUCCACGCUGCUGUGCAGUCCCUCAAAGUAGCCUUUGCGGACAUAUUGGAUCAGAACAACUACACCAGCGCAGACAUUAACGACCCUUACGUGAGCUUUGCCCUCAGUCUCUACUCGAGGUACAACAACGACCCGGACUUUCACAACAUGAUGACGAUUCUGAUGCAGCUACCACCGCAAUUGGAUAUCCGGUCAAACAUCAACCCGGCGGGAGCAGCAACAGCAGCAGAACCCGGAACGCUAAACUUACUCUCACCUGCUAUACCUUACUUAUACCACAGCGACAUCCCUUUUGUGUUCUCUCUAUUUCCUUCCUUCCCCUAUUUGCCGCUCGGAGAGCUUACUCCGACUUUGUUGAACGACGAUCUUGAAUUUGAAAGGUUUUGUCUCGUGGGAACUUCGAUACUAGAGUACCUUAUCAAAAUCACACUGUACAAGAAAGAGAAGAAUUUGCCCGCAUUUGAGAUAAUGAAGACUGUCCGGUCGAUAAUUAACACCAGAUCUCUCACUAUACUCUGCCAGGCAUACAACGUUGAGUUUAAUUACAAGUUCAUGGGGUAUCAGGCUGCACCCUCUAAAAUUUUCCUUUCCUACUUCGGCAAAUACUACGAGCACUACCUCAAGGAAGGCGAUGCGAAGGUAGAGUGGGAAAAAUUGUUCAAGUGGAUGGAGCAGUUACUAGGCUACGUGGAUGAGGAGAACGUGAAAGGAGAGGACGAAAGCCGGCAACGUAAGGUUGAUUCACAAGGCAUCGCAAAAGGUAUUGACAUGGGUGUUUCCCAUCCGGAAGCAUCUAACAUGAGCGAACCUAAUUACUUGGAGGAUAAGCCGUCGGUAUCCGCUUCUUUAGACAACGAAAAAUCCCAGAACGAGCAAUUCAACUUGCAGGAACUGAUUCAAUCCGUGCAGCAAGAUUUGAACCAAAGUAUUUGUUCAUCAGUGGAGAUUUCAUACAGCUUAGGAGAGCACCCUGAUUUGAAGACGGGAAUGUUUUCGUGUAAGUUCUUUUUAGAUAAGGUGGAAUUUUCCUCUGCUAGUGCAGUGAACAAGAAGUUAGCGAAAUCUGGGGCCGCCCUAUUUGCCGCUAUUGACAAUAAGCUCAUCAAAUUUUUGAAAAGGUCGUAUCAUGAUUAUUGGACGAAGAAGUACAUCCAGCGAGAAGCUCUGAUACGGCGUGCCUUUUCAUUAGACUCGAGAUUUGAAUAUAAGGAUGCUGAUUCGCUACCACCUAAUGUAUCGGUAUCGAACGAAAUGGGAAUAUCUGAAGACCAUUCCAAAGCUUCCAACCUUACGGAUCCGGCAAUUGAAAAGGAAAAGACACUGCUAUCAACUGCCAAGGAGAAGGUGUACGCGUACUACAACUCUAAGUUCAACAUUGUACCCAAAUACGAGUUUUCACAACUCGGGAACGCCAGAUUUGAGGCACGUUUGUUUCUAGGUGAUAAGAUGGUGAGCAGUGCUGAGGCACCAAAUAAGAAAGAUGCGGGAGCCAAAGCUGCCUUGCAGGUAAUUGAACAGAAUCUUGAUGUGUUUUGA